CCAAAAAACAUAAAAAUUCCUUUAAUGCUGAACCUCUUAAAAUACGAUGACUACCACACAAGAGUUUUGCGUACGCUGGAACACACAUUUGGGAAGCAUAGGAGCUGUGUUUCCUCAGCUCCUAGCCAUUCAGAGGUUUGUUGAUGUCACUUUAGUUUGUGAUGGUCACCAAUUACGUUGCCAUCGUUUAGUCUUGGCCGCAUGUUCCAGUUAUUUUGAAACCAUAUUAGCAGAGAAUCCAUGCAAACAUCCCGUUAUCAUUCUGCCUAGAGAGGUACAACUUUGGGAAAUUCAGGCUCUAGUAGAUUUCAUGUAUAAAGGAGAAGUCAACGUCACACAGGCCGGCUUGGGUCAAUUGCUGCGUUGUGCGCAGCACCUCCGAAUACGUGGCUUAUAUGGCUCAGAAGUACCAUAUAAGCCAAGCCAGAGAAAUGGGGAUUAUAUCGCAGAUAGUUUAGAGAAAGUGAGCAGCUCCGAAGGGGGCAGUGGAUUAACAAGUUUACCACCUCUAUCUCGCAUUCAGGAAUUAUCUGUCAAGCGGCAACUAUCAUUGACACCAAAAGAGAAAGAAAGCGAAUUACGAAGUCACCAACAAAUAAGAACAAAUGGAGAAAAUCUAGAAAACUGGAAAAGUCUGGAAAAGUCUUUUCAUAUCGUCCCCGCAAAAAAAACAGCCAUACUACCAAUUAUAGAUAACUGCGACGAUAAAUUCUGUGCUACAAAUGGCAAUUGUUUUGGAAAGCUAUGCGAUUUUAAUUUACUUGAGGAUGAAAACAUGUGUAGCCAACCAUCUAAUCUUCAAACAAGGCAGCAACAUGAAUGUUUACAACAUCAUUCUUUGGAAUCUACUUGUGAGGAGGAUCACAACUAUUUUACAACACAAGAAGAGAAAAGCAUAUCUGGAACUUUAUCUUGCGUUCUGCCCCUGAAUAUGAAAGUCGAAUCUCCAAAUAAUGUUUCGACCUUGUUGAGAAAUAGUUCGAUUGAUGGACUUAUAUCAUAUAAGCGAGUACGCCGUCCUGAGGCAUCUUUAGCUCAAGCUGCCAAAUACAUUUCAAAGGGCCGAACAUUUCAAACUGUCAGCAAUAUGUUCAAUAUACCGGUCUCAACUAUUCGUUUUUAUAUGGCUCGAAAAGGUAUUCUUCCAAAACGCAAACGUGGACGAGGAGCUUCACAUGUCAGCAAUGUUGCUAUCCCAUCCCACGCUGAGAUAUCUCAACACAAUCAAGUUUUUUCCGAUUCUGUUCUAAAGGAAGAAUCUACAAAUUCAAUUCUACAACAGUCUACAAACAGUAAAAAGUACACCAAAUUCACAAUCUUUUGAAAUAGAUAAAGCUUUGAUCACUCCACAUGUAAAGUAAUAUGAAUGCUUUUGAGGCU